CCCACGUUUUCCCUCCCGGCGGUGUGGGUCGGUGUGGAAUCUGGAACCUGGAGCAAGGGAACAGCCGAGGCUCGGUAUCUUCUCCCCCGCAAACGUCACCGACUGGGAUGGGGGGUGGUUCCUCUGAGCAACCAGAACUCUGGGGAACCCAACAGUGGAUUUCCAAUACCUCGUGGCCCCUUUAUAUCUUGUAUUCCGUUCUUCUCACAAAUACUUUCCGAAAAGGAUCCAUCUCCCUUCUUCCAAUUGACAUUACGGACUCGGACAAAAUGGCCGAAGCACAGCUCAAAGACUUCCCGUCCCUCUUCUCCCUCAAGGGCAAGGUCGCCGUCGUGACCGGUGGCUCGCGCGGCCUCGGCCUGCACGCCGCCUCCGCCUUCCUCCAAGCCGGCGCCUCUAAGGUGUUCAUUUCCUCCCGCAAGGGCGCCGCCUGCCAAGAGGCCUGCAAGGCUCUCAACGCCCUUCCGAACCUGGCACCCGGCGCCGUCGCCAUCCCCGUCCCUGCUGACGCUGCCGAUAUCAAGGGCGUCGAGCACCUCGUCGCCGAGGUGAAGAAGCACACGGACCGCGUCGACGUGCUGUUCGCCAACGCCGGCGCCACUUGGGGCGAGGCCUUCGACACCCACCCGGACGCCGCAUUCGCCAAGGUCAUGGAUCUCAACGUUAAGGGCGUCUUCAACACCAUCCGCCUCUUCACACCGCUGCUCGAGAAAGCCGCCGGCGCCGACGAUCCCGCGCGCGUCAUCAUCACCGCCUCGGUCGCCGGCCUAGGCAUCGGCACGCUGGGCAAACAGGGCACCUACGGCUACAGCGCCAGCAAGGCCGCCGUCAUCCACCUCGGCAGAAACCUUGCGCUCGAACUGGCGCCGAGGCACAUCACGGUCAACUCCAUCGCCCCGGGCUUCUUCCCGAGCAAGAUGUCCAACGGCCUGCUCGAGAUCGGCGGCGGCGCCGACAAGAUCGGCAAGGGGAACCCCAUGGGCCGCCUAGGCCGACCCGAGGACAUCGCGGGUGCUGUUGUGUACCUUGCCAGCCGCGCAGGGUCGCACGUGAACGGCGAGGUUAUCGCGAUCGAUGGCGGGUCGUUGUGGCAGCGUGGUGAGCUCAACGUGCCUUCCAAGUUGUAGGCUUCAUCUACGUAUACCUGCCUAUGGUUGCAUACACCUAGGUAGGAUGGAUAUAGGAUGCGAGGUGUUUGUAAAACCAAAAAUAAAAUAAAUAAAAAUGUAAU